AUGUCGCCAUCCAGCCGACGCCAUCCGAUCCUCGACAUCCAGUCAUCGCCACUCGCAGUGUCUCCAACCGACACUAUCCGGCCGACCCUAUCCAGCCGACACUAUCCGGCCAUUUCCAUACGGCCAUCCGGCCGCCGCCAUCCAGGUGCCACCAUCCGGGCGCCGCCAUCCGGGCGCCGCCAUCCGGGCGCCGCCAUCCGGGCGCCGCCAUCCGGGCGCCGCCAUCCGGGCGCCGCCAUCCGGGCGCCGCCAUCCGGGCGCCGCCAUCCGGGCGCCGCCAUCCGGGCGCCGCCAUCCGGGCGCCGCCAUCCGGGCGCCGCCAUCCGGGCGCCGCCAUCCGGGCGCCGCCAUCCGGGCGCCGCCAUCCGGGCGCCGCCAUCCGGGCGCCGCCAUCCGGGCGCCGCCAUCCGGGCGCUGCCAUCCGGGCGCCGCCAUCCGGGUGCCGCCAUCCGGGCGCCGCCAUCCGGGUGCCGCCAUCCGGGUGCCGCCAUCCGGGCACCGCCAUCUGGGCGCCGCCAUCUGGGCGCCGCCAUCUGGGUGCCGCCAUCUGGGCGCCGCAAUCCAGGCGCCGCAAUCCUGGCGCCGCAAUCCGGGCGCCGCAAUCCGGGCGCAGCCGCCAUCCAGCCGCCAUUCAGCCGCCAUCCAGCCGCCAUCCAGCCGCCAUCCAGCCGCCAUCCAGCCGCCAUCCAGCCGCCAUCCAGCCGCCAUCCAGCCGCCGCCGUCAUCCGGCCGCUAUCAUUUGGCUGUUGCAUUCCACCGUCGUGA